UCGUCGGCGAGGACAACAAGACCACCAUUCACAAAGUCGCAGCACGUUCUCUGCCUAUUCAACGACUAGGCGCAGGAGCCCGUUCAACGCGCCUGCAUGAUCCCUCGGAUCCCACCUCACGCCCUGGCCACUCAACCUCCAUCACCCCUUCGUAUGGAGGGCCUACAUUGGGCUGUGCGGAAUCUCGCCGCGCGCCCGGUGACCUUACCGUCCCCACUGUCUCGGAGUUCGAGGCCGCGCGACGUCAAGCCCAGGAUGGAAAUAGGAGCGACUCCAUUCCGUUCGAUCGACCAUUCACGGAGCUGACCACACAAGCGGCCCCGACGAAGGCUGCGACCCCGCCGUCGCCGUCUCUGUCUCACCACUCGAGGUCAUACCAAUGCACGCGUUGAGUUCUGCGCUACACGCCGUCAGUCCCGGGGCGAAAACCAAAACCACGUACCGCCUGCUCGCAAGCGCACCGAGCAAAGUACCUCAGUGCGCAACGAAGCACGCUCGGCCGUCGCCUUUCUCUCGUACCUCUGGCGACCCCCGACCUCUACGGUACCAUUCACACAAACAGCCCUCAAGACGAGCAAGUCUCCUCGCUGACGCAGGCCGACAGCGAGAUCGACACACGAGCCAUGCGGACGAGUGCAGGACCGGGACUCAUGAGUGCGCCCGUCCGUCAGCCCUCUCCACCCUUCUCCUUGUCCAUGCACUGCGCCUCCCUCUCCUACACGUCCGCAUCAUCCCGCGCAUCCUGCGCAUUCACCUCCGCCCUCUGGCUCCGCGCCCUUGCUCCGCACAUCAACUCACGAGUCACGCGCCCUCCACGCAGGACUGUCCCCGCUCGACGCGCCUGUGUCCUCAUGGCGUGUUCGCCUUCAAGGGCCCUACACACCCAUGUUCUGCGCUUGCGCGCUUGUCCGACGUACCCUCGACUUCGCAGUGUUCACCCAGUCGGCGACUCACCAAAAUGAUCACGCGGGCCUUCCGGACGAAGGCUGUGCGACCUCUCCGCACGCCCAGUAGUUGCCCGUCGUCCCGUCUCACGUCUCACCUCGCCGAGUCCGCGGAACCUGUCAGCAGAGUCGAAGCGGCUGCGAUCACGGAAUCAACGGCCGAGACUCAGGGAGCGAGCACUGACCGCCCCCGUCGACAGUCGACAUCGAAUGCGAUCAUACGCCUGACGGACACGGAGGCACAUCAUCUCGCGGAGUUGGCAGGCAAGUUCGGGCGGGUAGAGUUAGUAAGUAGACAAGCUCGUAGCAGUAGCAGUAGACAAUCACAGAGCCUGAGGCAGAGUCAAGGAGAACACGCCGCGGCCGAGGUGCGAUGUCGGCCCCGGCCAUUGGAUUUUCUCGGUCAGUUGGGUGACAUCUGCUAACCUGAAAGUUUUCUAAGGUACAAUGUUACCAAUAUAUCACAUCCUGAAGUUU